CGCUGCACUCGCAGAGAGGAUCGCCAUGGCAACGCAAGUGUCUGUCACCGCCGCCGCCGUCGUCGUAGUGCUCGUAGGUCUACUUGUGCCCCAGGUUUUCGCAUUGCCACAGUUCGAAAGAGAACCUGAAUUUCCGCCAGAUGCAGGUGAAGACGACAUUGAACCAUGGUUCCCGAUGAGAGGCUGGCCUGGGAAUGACGUACACCCUGACAGGUGGGAGCCUGACGACUGGCGCCCUCCCUUCUUCCCGCACACGACCAGCCGGCCCCAGCGUUUCUUCACGGCCACGACCAGCCGGCCGCCGCGACGCCAGCAGCAGACCAGACGCCCAGAGCUGGACUGGCCGCCCACACCUCCUCAGGAUGUGGACUCGCGUCCCAGGCCUCCUCAGGGUCCUCGGCGAACCCUGAGGCCUCCCACGCCUUCCGUUGGUGUCCAGCGUACCACGAGCCGUCCCACCACGAGGCGUCCAAUCACGAGCCGUCCCACCACGAGCCGUCCAAUCACGAGCCGUCCAAUCACGAGCCGUCCAACCACGCCCAGCGAUGGCGCCACGCCCCAGGACUGCAACUGCCCGUCCACCAACGAGUUCAACCCCGUCUGUGGCACUGACGGCGUGUCAUACCCCAACCCCGGCCGCCUACGCUGUGCCAAAGACUGCGGAAAACGUGUGUCGGUGUAUCACAUAGGCAACUGCGUGACGACAUCAACAAGCCCAACGAGCAGAGUAGCCUCCGGCCUUCCACCGUGACGCCUGCAGCGAGUGCUACCUGUAGACCGAUAUUUCUAAUACUCGCUACGAAGACUUUGUGGCACCAAAGAUUACACUGUUACGUUUUUUAACCCAAGUGUCAACUGGCACUUCUAUUAUGUAUUUAUAUUUCUUUUUCGUAAAGAUCACGCAAAAUGUAAUAAAAAC